AUGUCCAUUCAAGGACCAUCCCUAACUUUUUCUCUGUUGUUUAUCUGCUUCCUUAGGGAGAGCUGCUGCAUUUGUGAUGGAACUAUCUGGACAAAGGUUGGAUGGGAGAUUUUUCCAGAAGAAAUGCAUUAUCUGAAAGUUAAGCCUUCUCCAUCUCACUGUCUACCUUACCCUCUGGACAAACUAUGCUGCAGUUUUGCUAAUAUGGAUCUAUUUCAGGGUUCUUUACAUCUCAUUUAUAUUUUAGUACAAGCUCUCUUUUUAAUACUGUCUGUUUUAUCUGUGCAUUACCUGUGGAUGAAAUGGAAAAAACACCAAAAAAAGCUGAAAAAACGAGCCUCCUCAGAUACAUUUGUUAAGGACCUGGAAAAUCCGUCCAUCUAUGACAUUGAUCAAAUACUCUGCCGGCUGGUGGCCACAACAUCAAUGAUGACCAAGUACCUGAAUCAGAUGUCCCAGCAUACUCCAGCUAAGAAAGUCAAGUACCGAAAACUGAAAAAGAGGAGUGAAGAAGGAGCCAGAGGAUACUAG